AUGCCAUCAACUCUGAGCAAAGCCAGCUGUUCCGCCGAUCCUGACAUCGACCGAGGCUGUGGUGACACGAACCAGACACCGCUGAUGGUGGCCUCCGUCAUUGGUUCCUCGCGCGUCGUCAGAGACCUUCUGCGGCAGGGUGCCAGCGUCUCGGUAGCGGACAGCGACGGUUAUACUGCUCUGCACCACGCGGUCUAUCACAAACACCUGGCCGUGAGCAAAGACCUGAUCGAGGCGGGAGCGCACCUUGAAGUGAGGCCUGGUGGCAUAGAUACACCACUUCACGUGGCCGCGACGAAAGGGUUUUACCAAGGAAUGGUAAUGCUGAUCGACGCAGGCGCGAAUGUGGACAGCAGGCUCGACGACGGGGUGACACCCCUGUUUUUCGCGGCAAGCGACGGGCGGCUCGAAGCGGUCAGGGUUCUCCUUCGCGCGAACGCGAAUCCGCUCUUGUCAGCGUACGGAAGUCUCCCGUUAUAUAUGGCGGUUUACAGUGGACACCUGAAAGUGGUCCGCGAGCUCGUGCAUUGGUACGGAAUCGAUCGCUGCACAAGCGACGGCGGCGCACUGGCUCUCGCAACGGCCGCUUCUCGCAAACACGUGGACAUCGUCACCUUCCUGUGCGAUGCCGGUGUGGUUGAUACGGAGGGCGUGGCCCUGUGUGCCGCCAUUGAGGGAUGUAGCGAGGCGUGCGUCAGCCUUCUGCUGCGGAGACAGGGGGGAAACGCCAACACAGGUACGCGUGCCUACGUCAACAUGGCCCACGGUACUCUCCCAGAAACCUACGACGACUUUGUGUUCCAAGAAACACCGUUGGUGAGCACAUUCAAUCUGGGAAGCUUUCAUGCCCCGAGAUUUGCGCGCUUGCUACUCGAAGCCGGGGCGGACGCGACAUCGGGCGUUCGGUUUCCGUGCGACAGUGAUGAGGGGGAAGAAGACGAAGAUUUCAUCGGCACGCCCCUGGACUUGGCUACAUCUUAUCUUCGUAGAUUCAGUGCAAACAUGAUAGUCCACCGCGAGAUGGUGCGGGGGCUGAAGGGUGUCAUCCGCCUGCUGCGACAGGAGGAGGCAGUUCACUCGGUGUCCUGGACGUGGCCAAUCGACACCGGUCGUUCUGUAGAGCGUGCGUCCCGGAAUAAAUCAACAUCGAUCGCUCGCAUGCUGCCGCUGCUGAAGCGGAGGGCGGCGAAGCCUCGUGUGCUCUUGGCAGCCAUGUCUAGGUACAACAACAAGCACGACGGAGCUUUCCUCGGGUACUUGCCGGAAAAAAACGCGGGAGUCUAAUACCAGGAUGGAACCUUCGCACGGCAGAGUGCUCCGCUUUUCUCUAGGGUGUUUCGCUGUUACCGAGCAUGCUCUGUGCGACAUCUAUACAGGGUUUGUGGGGUGUUUGGAUUAUUAGGGAAAAGGAAGGGGUUCGAUCCCAUGGCUUUGUCGGAGGUACUCCAGCGGCCUGCGGAAAAAAGAGCGCCGGUCUAGAGGAUCUUGUUGCGAUUGUUCAAACAAAAGAAUGUGUGUACGCGUCGCACAACAACCAGUGCCGCCCUCAGACGCUUUUGCACUACUGAUCGACCCUUCAACCGGACGCAUCGGGACCUUACCAGUGCUCCAAACGUUGCCGGUUCUAUCAGACGUACUUCUAGUCCUUGCCAAGAGCGCAAGCAAAGGCACCGGCAGCCGCCAUCGGAACAACAGCAGAAGCCUCGAGCACAACAACAGGAGCCCUAUCAACGCGUGGAGGAGAUCGACACCAAGGCAUCGAUCAAGCAGACAACUCUUGUUCCGCGAACAUUAGUCACACGUAGAUUCAAGGCACGGCGUUGCCACCCCUCAGUGUAAAGCGUC